CUUUUGGAAAGCGUCAUUGGUAUUGAUUGUUGCAUAUGGGUUGGAUCCCCAUUCUGCCUCUCAUUCAGAGAGGAACAUAAAAUCAGUAGAUCUUAUGAUGGGUUUUCCAGUUUUCCUUCCCGAUCGUUCAUCCAAUGCAAAUUAAUCCAUUUAUUGCAAUGCUGAUUGCAAAAACUGGACAAAUUGAAAUUCAUUUUCAUGGGUUGCAGAAGCUUUUCUUUCAUCGGCGUCAUUGUCUCUCUAUUCUUUGCAUCCUUUGCCCAAAACCUACAGAACGACUCUGCUCGCAUCUCUUUAGAUGCUCUUCUUCAAAAAUAUGCCUACAAAGCGCUUGUCCGACCUCACACCGGCAUUCUAUACAAAGCAUCCCACCCUGCAAAUCUUUCAGGCAUGGAAGCCUCAGUUAUCCGGCUCAGAAGCGGUACCUUUUGGGUCAGAGGAGCUAAUGUUAGCGCAUUCUUGUUUCCACCCAGAAUCAUUUCUGAACCUUUCGUGAAGAGAUUUUCCAUAGUCCUCCAAAAUCUGGGCAAUUGGUCUUCCAAUUAUUACAGUGUACCAGGCUAUUCAUUGGUUACUCCCGUGGUUGGUUUCAGGUUUUACGAUUCCUCCAAUUUGAGUUCCAACGCCAUUGCAUCUCUCAGUCUUAACGUGACAGGAGAUCCCAUUUCUGUACAUUUUCCCCAGUUCUUGUUGCCUCCAGGUUCUAAUUGGACUGUAAGAUGUGUUACAUUCAAAGUAGACGGGACAUUUUCUCUUGCUAACAUUACCCUUCCCAAUGUAUGCUUCACUCGCAAUCAAGGCCAUUUCUCCAUUGUCGUCGAACAGCCCAAGAUGAAUGUGACGAAAGUGAGGCGGCUAAAGAAACUGUGGAAGUGGUGGGUGAUAGGACUUGUGUGUGGAUUUCUGGGUUUGGUUUUGGUUUGUGUCGUUGCCAUGCUUGUUGUUUGGCUCACGAGGAGAAAGAAAAUUCUGAAAAUGGAGAAAAAAGCUGAUCAAGGUGAGUCUUUCAAGACAAUCUGGGUUGGACCUAGUAAAAUGCCUUCUGCAGCAGUGACUAGAACUCAUCCAGUUCUUGAGAAUGAAUAUGCUCCAUGAGACCAUGACUUCCUUUCUUCUUCUGCUGCUGUUUUUUUAUGUUUCCUGUUCAU